AUGCCUUCUCUCAUGAAGCUCGCUACCGCGGCUCUUGCCAUCGCGGCCCCUCUCGUUUCAGCUCAGACUUACUCUGACUGCAACCCCCUCAAGCAGUCCAACUGCCCCGCUGAUAAGGGCUCCACUGAGUCGACCCUGCACUUCGACUUUACUCAGGACAGUGCCCUCGACCAGUGGAAGACCACCGCUGGAAAGGUCAACACUGGCUCCAAUGGCGCCGAGUUCACCCUCGCCAAGAAGGGUGACGCCCCUACCAUUCGCAGCAACUUCUACAUCUGGUACGGAGAGAUCUCCGUCGAGAUGAAGUCCGCUCCGGGUCAAGGUGUUGUCAGCUCAAUCGUUUUGGAAUCCGACACUUUGGACGAAGUCGACUGGGAAGCACUUGGUGGCAACAAUGCCCAGAUCGAGACCAACUACUUUGGCAAGGGUGACACCACCACUUAUGACCGUGACACUUGGCCCAAUGUUGCUACUCCUCACGACACCUUCCACACCUACACCGUCAAGUGGACUAAGGAUCACAUCAUCUGGUCUAUCGAUGGCAAUGAUGUCCGCACUCUCAACAAGGCCGAUGCUCAGGGCGGUACCCGUUUCCCCCAGACCCCCAUGGAUAUCCGCAUUGGUAUCUGGGCUGGUGGUGACUCUGGCAAUGGCCAGGGUACCAUUGACUGGGCCGGUGGUGAGACAGACUACAGCCAAGCUCCCUUCUCCAUGUACAUCAAGAGCGUGACCAUCAAGAACGACAACCCUGCCGAGUCUUACUCUUACAACGGUAACUCCGGCAACGACGACAGCAUCAAGGUCAACGGCGGCGGUGUGACUGCUCGCUCCACCUCCACCUCUUCCACCGUGCCUGCCACUACCUCCACCGAGGCUGCUUCCUCCACUGAGGCUGCCUCGACCACCGGGGAGUCUACAUCCGCCCCCACUACCCUGGCCACCACCACCCAGGGUUCUUCUACCGCCCAGUCCACUGAGGCCUCCUCCACUGAAGCCUCCAGCGGAUCCUCUGGUGCUGCCUCCAGCUCCGGCGUUGCCCCCAGCAGCUCUGGUGCCGCCGGUGGCUCUAGCUCCGAGAACGGUUCUGGCUCCGGUUCUGAGACUGGCUCUGGCUCUAGCUCCAGCUCCGGUUCCAGCACUGCUGGUUCCGGUGCCAGCUCCAGCAGCGCCAGUGCCAGCGCUAGCUCCAGCCCUGCCUUCAACGCGGCUUCCUCCCUGGGUGCUACCUACCUGGGACCCGUGUCUUUCCUGGGCCUGAUCACUGCCAUGCUUCAGUUGUAA